ACGCUAGGCCGCUGGAUAGUCGGUUCCUCUACGUCGUCAUCACCGCGAUCACGUGACGUGACUUGCCGUAUUGCAUCUUAUGGCUGUUCGAUGACAGUUCACAACCUUUUAACAAUAAAUGAGUGUAUUUGAUCUUUUCCGCGGGUUUUUUGGGGUGCCAGGAGGCCGCUACCCUGGCGGUGACCGGAGGGAUCCCUUCUUUGAUGGGUUGACCCAUGAUGAUGAUGAUGAUGAUGAUGAAGUGGAGGAUAGAUUUCAUCACGAUUCCAUGGACAGGUUUGACGAUGUGUUCAGAUUUGGUUUCAGUUUUGGGCCAAAUGGAAUGCGCAUCCAGGAGCCACAAAUGUUUGGCCAAAUAUUCCGGGACAUGGAGGACAUAUUUGCUGGUUUAGGCCACUUCGGUCGUGAUUUGCCCAGUAUUGAGGCUCCACCUCAGGAGAAACCAGAGGACAGCAACAGGAGAGGAGGAAGAAGUAGGAACUCUCUCAGAGACUUCAUGUUGAAGAACCCAGACGAUUCUGCCUCUAAUUCCCCUUCUGUAGCACCUAGAGACGUGGAUCCUUCAUCACCUGGUGGCCCAAGUGUACCCAGGAGCCCUUUCCAUCACAGGACACCAUUCUCCAGGUUUAAGGACAUUUGGAGUGAUGGACCAAGACAAAGGGAGGACGAAAAAAAAGAGGAUGGAGAUCUAGAUUCUCAGGUGUCUUCAGGGGGACUGGACCAAAUCUUAACGCCAGCUCCCUCACAGCCAAAAACACGAUCCUUCUUUCAGUCUGUAACAGUUACCAAAGUGGUUAAGCCUGAUGGGACAGUAGAAGAGAGACGUACAGUCAGGGAUGGACAGGGUAAUGAAGAGACUACCGUGAUCCGCUCAGGAGGCCCUGGUGGUCAGGAAGGUCCACAUGAUGAGCCUGCUUCUCCCACACUAGGUGGUCCCGGGCCUUUCUCUGACAUGCAGGAUGAGUUCUCCAUGUUCUCCAAGUUCUUUGGUGGCUUCAGAAGGUGAAAAGUGAGAAGACUAGAAGUGCUUCUGAGGAUGAGACACAGGAAUAAAGACACUGACCAUUACACACUGCUUCAGCACUAUUUAUCCUCAUUUUGCUUCUUUUUUUCAGAACUGCUUACUGACAUUUAUUAAUCUUUUAAAUACUUUAAAGUCUUUUGAUUUGGAAUGUAUAUAAACAUAAAAAGUAUAUAAAUAUACUAUACUUUAUGAAUGUUCUUGCAGGGGACAUGCUGUUUACUGUCCUGAGAAGUUUUACAAAUGAAUAUUAAAGCAACUAAAAAUGA